AUGGCCUUCCGAGCUUCGACUCGCCUCCUCGCAGCAGGUGUUCAGGGCCUGUCGCCCAACGCGACCGCCGAGCUCGCCGCCGAGCUCCUCCCGCCUCUCCCACUCUACCGCCGGCUCCUGCGCGUCCACCGCAAGGUCCUGCCCGCCGAGCUGCGCAUCUUUGGCGACGACUACGUCAAGGCCGAGUUCCGCCGCACGCGCUCGACCGACAACCCGUUGCACAUCGUCGGGUUCCUGUCCGAGUGGAAGAAGUACCUCGACUACCACGAGGCGCAGCUGCCCGGAGCGGCGCCGCAGCGAGGCGCGACGGCCGAGGUCGAGGAGGCGGUGCGCAGGGAGCGGGUCGACGAGAUGAGCAGGGCAAAGCCGGGCAAGGCGCUCGAUCCGAGCAUCCUCGAGACGCUCUCGGCCGACCAGAUCGGCCAGCUCUACGAGCUCUUCUCGGCGACCAAGGACGUCUACCUCUCGCCCGAGGAGCUCGAGCAGAAGCUCGCCGCAGAGGGCCACGGCCAGGAGGGGAUUCCGGCAGGGUCGGUCCUGCCCGACCUGGGCCAGGCGACGCGGAUAGGGGGUGAGGGCAAGGGCGAGGGUGAGGGCGAGAAGCGGUAGUUCGGCAGGCGUGCACGAUCAUUCGCUGCGCCCGAUCUUUCUUUC